UGUUCGUGGUUCGUUUCCACGGCAGAAUGGCUCGUAGAAGCUGAGAUUUCACCCCGAAAUCAAGCCCGAUUUUCUCCCCAACUGGAAGCAGAGUGUCGUUCAAAGCCAGCUGUGUAGACGGGGAGAGGAGCUCAUACUCCGUGUCUCUGUGACAACGAACUUUUAUUUUUUAUAGUUUUUUUUCUAAUUUAUUUUUAAAAGAUGAAGUAUCGGGAAGUUAUCGAAAGGCAUGUGUUGGUAUGCUGCCUUUUGGUCGUUUUCGUCUGGGCACAGUGGGCCGACGCGGCCUGUGUUGGAUGUCUAAAAGACAAGUGUAUAUGCAACGGAACAAAAGGAGAAAAGGGUAAUAGAGGACACAACGGUCUUCCAGGACAUGUCGGACAACCAGGUUACCCAGGUCCAGAGGGCCCCAUGGGCAGGAAAGGAGAAGCAGGUUAUACAGGAUCUUCAGGUGAUGUUGGAUCCAAAGGAUACCGAGGAAGUCAAGGAGUACCAGGAUUCCCUGGUAACCCGGGUCUGCCUGGGUUACCUGGCCCAGAAGGACCGAUUGGUGAGACGGGUAUGCCGGGAUGCAAUGGAACCAAGGGAGACAUGGGUGAUGCAGGAGUCCCAGGGACUGGCCCAGAAGGACCUCAAGGACCUUCAGGACUACCAGGAUCAAAGGGUGAAGCCGGAGAGCCAGCAGUGAACUUGCCAGGGAACAAAGGAGAUCGUGGGAUCCCAGGUCAAUCUGGUAUACCAGGUCAAACAGGUCUACCUGGAUACAAUGGAAACAAAGGUGAUCGUGGGACGCAAGGAUUAACGGGUGAGCGAGGACGGCCAGGUGCCCCAGGACCUCAGGGGACACCGGGUGUCGGCUACAUUGGAAUGAGGGGAGACACUGGUGAACCUGGUUACCCUGGACCUCCUGGGGAAACUUGUGUAGAUAACCCUGUAGGGGGGCCAGGCACAGGCGAGACCAUCCCAGGUGAAAAGGGAGAAAGAGGCAUGAAGGGAAUGAGAGGAGACAAAGGUUCUACUGGCGAGCGAGGCUACACUGGUAACCCGGGUCUUUAUGGCGACAAAGGAAUGACAGGACCAAAGGGUGAAUAUGGACCCACAGGAAAACCGGGGAAGCGUGGUAAAGAUGGCUCUCCAGGAACACCUGGGUUUAAGGGUGACCGUGGCCCUGCUGGAGUACCAGGUGCAUCAGGAUUUAAUGGCCCUGAGGGGCCCAAAGGAGACAAAGGAGAACGUGGACGUGAAGGGUUGCAGGGUCCUCCGGGAACGCCUUCCGAUUCUACUGGUUUCGGUGAACCUGGUCCCCGUGGACCCCAGGGGCGUGAUGGACCACCAGGACCCCCUGGACCAACCGGAGACAAAGGAUCCAGAGGAUUGACGGGUGUUGAAGGCAGACCAGGCAACACUGGCCCACCAGGACAGCCAGGAACACAGGGCUUACCAGGAAUCGGUGAUAAGGGUGAACAGGGUGGUCCAGGACUACCUGGACCCCCAGGACAGUUUGGUUCACGUGGUCUCCCAGGGCGUGAAGGUCCCAAAGGAGAUCCAGGAAUGACUGGUUUAUCGGUGCAAGGCCCCCCAGGAAUGGAUGGUCUCCCUGGUAGAGGAGGAAACCCAGGACCCCCUGGACCUCCUGGUGAUACGGGAUCCCAAGGUCUUCCUGGAAUCCCCGGUAACGUAGACGGUAUGCGUGGUCCCCAAGGCCCACCUGGCCUCCCUGGUCCAGAGGGUGAACCCGGUGGUACAGGUGAUCCAGGACCUCGUGGUUUCCAAGGAAGAAUUGGUGAGGCUGGAGAGCCAUGUGGUCAGUGCCCCGGAGGUCCCGCUGGAGCUAAGGGUGACCCUGGACCAGAUGGUCCCUCAGGAACGCCUGGUUUGGCUGGAUUUGAUGGACCUCAAGGACCACCAGGACCACCAGGACCUAGAGGCGAGGUUGGAAAUGACGGAGCCCCAGGAAGAAAUGGUGAUCCUGGACCAGGUGGACCUUUUGGAGAUAAGGGUGACAAGGGUGACCGUGGACCUGCACUCCCUGGGUUCCCUGGACCCCCUGGCGGUAAAGGAGAGAGAGGAUACCGAGGUGAUCAGGGCGACAAGGGAGCUGAAGGCUUCCCAGGACCUCCGUGUGAACAACCAGCUAAAGUAACUGGUGACAAAGGUGAGCCAGGACAACAGGGUGCACCUGGACCCCCAGGGUCUGAGGGGCAAUCAGGCGUACCCGGAGAGCGUGGUGCAUCCAUUGUGGGCAACCCUGGACCACCCGGUCCACCCGGUCAGGAAGGAGAAACUGGACCAAGAGGACCCUUUGGUCAAAAGGGUGAGCGUGGAGAGAAUAUCUUUGUAUCUGAGCCAGGGCAGGUCGGUCCACGAGGACCCCCAGGACCACAGGGUCCAUAUGGUGAUGUCGGAGAACGAGGACCCCCAGGACCCCCUGGUCCCGGUGGAAUAAAGGGAAGCCGUGGAUUUGACGGUCCUAAGGGAGACCUUGGAGAACAGGGACCUUCUGGUGUAGGCAUGCCAGGAGAGAGUGGUGAGAAGGGAUUCCGUGGACUGCCAGGUGAUCAGGGACCUCAGGGUAUUCCAGGCCAGAGAGGUUCUAAUGGCUUCCCUGGUGUGGAAGGACCUCAAGGAGACAAGGGUGAUUCUGGUCUACCAGGAGUGCCCGGAAGCCAAGGACCUCGUGGGUUGAAGGGUUCAGUUGGUCCCCUUGGCCAGCCAGGUGCAAGAGGCUCACCCGGUGGUCCUGGAGCAAAUGGUGAUAUCGGACCUCCAGGAUCUCUUGGAGAAAAAGGUGAUAGAGGAGCGUUUGGUGUUUCUGGCCGACCCGGUGAGCCUGGUACCCCAGGAGAUUCAAUCCCAGGAGAAGACGGACCACCCGGUGAACCGGGACAACCAGGAGAGAAUGGACCUCCCGGUGAGACCGGACCUCAGGGUACCCCUGGCCCACCUGGAUUCUCCGCCAUUAAGGGGCAGAAGGGUGAAGCUGGGCGAGACGGACGCCCAGGAGAUAUUGGGCUACCUGGACCAGCUGGACCCCCAGGAGAGGACGGCGAGGCAGGCGAAGAUGGCAGACCAGGAGAGAAAGGAGAUCGAGGUUUAGGUGGUAACCCAGGACAACCGGGAACACCGGGUGAAUCCGGCGAGAAUGGAUUGGCCGGACUAAAGGGUGAAGACGGCAGCAUUGGUCUCCCUGGAUUAAUCGGAUCUCCUGGUGGCCCAGGCAGGCCAGGUGAACGAGGCUCUCCUGGAGCCGAAGGUUCCAAGGGAGAUAAGGGUUUCCCUGGCCCAUCAGGACAACCAGGCUUGCCCGGACAGAAUGGUCAGCCUGGCCCGCCUGGACCACCCGGAGCAGAUGGUACCCCAGGCCCAGUAGGAUCUAAAGGAAGUCGAGGAUUCUCUGGUUUGGAAGGAGCGAAGGGGAGCAUUGGGUUGAAGGGAGACGAUGGAUCACCAGGCUUGCCGGGUUUGAGCGGGAACCCUGGCCUGAAGGGACAGAGUGGUGAUAUGGGAGCCCCAGGUUCCCGUGGUGGUAAGGGUGAGGUAGGUCCAGAAGGCACUACCGGUGCGAUCGGUCCUCAAGGCUCUCCUGGUCUGCCUGGAGAAAUCGGAAACCCUGGACUGCCUGGUUUCAAUGGAAAUCCAGGAGAGAAGGGAGUUCCAGGACAAAUUGGACCCUCGGGACCUAGAGGUGAAAAGGGUCAUGUGAUGACGGUACCAUGUAACCUGGAAAUGAAGGGAGCCCAAGGCGAGGUCGGUGAGAAGGGAGAUUUUGGUGAACCUGGACAGAAUGGUUUGAAUGGACUCAAGGGUGAUCGUGGAACCAGAGGUUUCGCCGGUCUCCCAGGUCCUCCUGGUGACAAUGGCGAACAGGGCGAGCCAGGUCUUAAGGGUGAUCGUGGUCUGCCUGGAGAUUCUGGACUACAAGGACCACUCGGACCUAAAGGAGAUUUAGGAAGGAACGGUGUCCCAGGAUCACCAGGUGUUAUAGGUCUUCCAGGAAAUCCAGGCUCUAAGGGUGAUCUAGGACCCAUGGGUAUCCCAGGCACUCCGGGUGAAGAUGGUGCUGAUGGUGAGAACGGAGAAAGAGGUUUCUCAGGUGUGCGUGGUGAGAAAGGUACACCAGGCCGACCUGGUCAAGCUCUCGUUGGACCCAAGGGAAGCUCUGGCCUACCUGGUAUUCAAGGACGUCCUGGUGCUGCUGGCAAUGAUGGUUUACCGGGACUGGAAGGCCGACAAGGUGAACCAGGAAUGAAGGGAGAGAGAGGUCUAGUAGGACCCGAAGGCCCAACGCCUGUAGUUCUACCAGGACAACCUGGUUCUCCAGGUCUACCCGGAAUCGAUGGCCAACUUGGUGAGAAGGGUGAUUCAGGUCCAUCGGGACCUCGUGGUCUGCCAGGCAGACCUGGCUCAAGAGGAUCUCCUGGAGAUAAUGGUGAAGACGGCGGGGCGGGACCGAUCGGACCCAAAGGAAUUCAAGGACAGAAGGGAGAACCAGCUGCAGCCAUAGAUAUGGGUCUCAUGAAGGGAGCUAAGGGAGAUAUAGGACCCCAGGGACCCAGAGGAACCGACGGAGAGCCUGGGCAAGACGGAUCCCGUGGAUUGAACGGACCGAGAGGACCUAAGGGAGAUAAGGGUGAUGAGGGAUCUAAUGGAAGCCCAGGAUUCACCGGAAGGCCGGGAGGUGAAGGACCCAAAGGAAACAAAGGUUUCGCUGGUACUCCUGGUCCGCGUGGAUUCCCCGGAGAGCCUGGACAGGAUGGUUUGCCAGGCCCACCGGUCCUUACCGGCUACUUCAUCACAAGACAUAGUCAGACCUCACAGGUUCCUCCCUGUCCGUUUGGAACGACCCGUAUGUGGGAAGGCUACAGUUUGCUUUACGUUCAGGGCAACGAGAAAGCUCAUGGACAAGACUUGGGGAGUGCCGGCAGUUGCUUGAGACGCUUCAGCACCAUGCCAUUCAUGUUCUGCAACAUCAACAACAUCUGCCACGUGGCCUCACGUAAUGACUACUCCUACUGGCUGUCCACGCCAGAACAGAUGCCCAUGGACAUGGCUCCGUUCGGUGGUGAUGUCCUGCAGCCCUUCAUUAGUCGCUGUUCAGUGUGCGAAGCGCCCUCGCAUGUCAUCGCUGUGCACAGUCAGUCGCUGAAUGUACCCUCUUGCCCGCAGGGAUGGCGUGGAAUGUGGAUAGGCUACAGUUUUAUGAUGCACACCGGAGCUGGAGCGGAAGGUUCCGGCCAGGCUCUCUCCUCGCCCGGCUCCUGCCUAGAGGACUUCCGUUCCUCCCCCUUCAUUGAAUGCCACGGUGACGGCCGCUGCAACUACUACGCCACCACCUACAGCUUCUGGCUGACCACAGUCGACUCUGACGACGAGUUCAGCUCCCCAACGUCCGAAACCCUCAAAGCUGGUGCCCUGCUAACCCGCAUCAGUAGGUGCCAAGUCUGCAUGCGCGACAGUAGAUAAACUUAAGUUACCAACCAGGUAUACGACAAUCUUAUUUUAAGUCAGUUAUUAUACAAAAAAAGAAGAAAGUGCCGAUUAUACCGCAAUCAGCGAAGACCAGCAUAAACUGCCGAAUUAUUUUUGUAAAAAACAAAACAAAUCGAGACCGGUGAUACAAGUGCCUUAGAUAAUGUAGUCCGCUAAAUUCCUCGUAAAAAUUAAUGCAAAGUCUUCCUGAUGUCAUCAUGAUCAUUAAACAUAUUCAUGGAUCAUCUUAAGCGAUUGCCGGCCGGUAUUUUAACAAAAAUGACACAAAGUUCAUAUUUUGAAAAUUAAUAUUUUUAAAUUUUCCAACAUACCACAACUCAUUAUUAUAAAUAAUUGUUGCUCCUUUAACUUGUACAUAAUGGUUAUUAUGCUAAAAACGUAGCGAAAACCAUUCGUUGUGAUUUUUUUAAUGCAUUUAUUCGUCAUAACAAAAUAGUGCAUGCAUUGCUUUAGAGGAUACAAACACAACAUGUCUUAAAUAAUCACAGUUUGUUAUGUUUAUAUGUACGAUCACAAACAGCAAUUUUCACUCUUUUUAAAACAAGUAAUUUGAAUAACUGUUGUAGAUGAAUUAUUACCAUUGUUAUUUUUUUAGUGUGUAAUAAAAAAAAAAGAUGAGCUAGUUAUCUUGUGUUAUAUUUAAAGGAAAAUAAUAAACUAUGUAAAAUUGCUUUUUUUUUACGUUUUUUUAUUAUAGCUGAUUUCGAAUUUUUCUGUAAAUGCCUUUCAUCGAUAACCUGGUGCUCGUAGGGUGUUAACCUAUUGUAACUUUUUUUUCUUCCUUAUUUUAUUUUACAAAAAUAAUAAUAUAGUAGUUUUAGAUCUUGUGAGAUUUAAUGUGAUUAAUAUAUAAGGUGGUCUUUUUUAUAAAGUAGUAUUAACUUCAGAAUGCUGCAACAUGUUUUUGGUGGACUCGAUUUUGGUUCAAUAAAAACAAGAACUUAACAAUGUUCUCGGAAUCUUUCUGACUUGAACUUUGAUACAACAAUUUGUAUAAGCCAAUACCUCAACUUUGAUGGGUGAUUAAUAAUCAACAAGAACGCGGAAACUGCAACAACAUUCGAGUUUAAUAUAACAAACUUUUGAUGUAAGACAUUACGCAGGUAUCUGCUGCUUAAUUUAUUAUGUAAACCAUCGCAGCUCCCUGGGGAGUAUUACAGCAUUUGUUGCCAUGGCAUUAGGCUCAAUCGCCUUGAACACCCAGCAGGGUGGAUAUGUGCGCAUUACAAGUCUUAUUAUUAUUCUUAUUAUUAAUCAACCACAAUAACCAUUUCUUGCCCCACAGGUACUCAUUUACCCAUGGGUGAAGAGAAUCAAUUAAAGUUAAUAAGUGUCUUGCUGAAAGACACAUGUCAUGGCCAGGAUUUGAACCCACACUCUGUAGACCAUAGCCACCCAAAGUCAGUCUAGUGUGCUAGACCGCCAAGUCAUAAAACGCCUGUAUAAACAUACAGAUGAUGGCUAUUUUCACAGAAAAUUUAACCUCCGUUUCUUUCAUAAGAAAAUAAACGGUUUGUAAUUUUUCUCGUGUACGAUCAACGGAAUAUUGAAUGCAUGUGUACAUCUAUUAUUUUGACAUUUCAACUCCCAGGUAAAAUUUUGUCGAUGCAUUUCGUUUUAAAAAUCCAGUAAACUUUUAGAAAACUCCAUUUUAGGUCAUCUACUUUUGGACCAAACAUCACAAGCCUUGGAACCAAUGGAGAAAUAGUCGUACAAAACAAAACAAAAAACUCAUGAAAGUUGCCUUCUAGUAGGGUAUCUCGAAACCCAAACUAUUACCUUUCGGUCAUAUUUUUCUACAUGUUUGUGGACGCAAACGAUACAUGGAAUAUUUUGGGGAAUGAUUCGCAGUAAUGGUCUGAUAAGAUUAAGGAGUUCACACCCAAAUUGUUGGUAUCACUCUCUAGGUUAAUUUAGGUUAUUAAAUUCGUUUUGUAUUUUCUUGACAAACGGUAAUAAACACACAUUACUCCUGAA